GUCAGGACUGCAGACAGGCCAGUUUCUCAGCUGGACUCUUCUCCUACAGAGCCAUGCUGUUGUAAUCCCUGUUGUCAGAAUGUGGUUUGGCAUUGUCUUGCUGAAAAAGUUUGUCUGGAUGGCAGCAGAUGUUGCUCCUAAACUUGUAGAUAUUGUUCAGCAUGAAUGGAGCCUUCACAGAUGUGAAAGAUCCCCAUGACAGAAUUCAGUUAAAAAGCCAUCAGAUUUAGUGAUAUGUUUGUCUGUCAAUCAAUGAUGGAGCAGCAGGUAUUUACUCUUUGCAAAUUAACAGCGUAGGUGGGUAAAUACACUUCUGAAUGGGACAAUGGCACACAGAUUAGGGCCAAUGAUAUACAGACUGCAGCUGGACUUCUUUGCAUAGCCUCAAGUUACAUCCUGUUUUAUAAAGCCCAUCCAACUGCAGGUCAGCCUGUCAGGUGAAACUUAGACCCCAGACUUAGAUCAGUACACCGAAGAAACAACUUUGCAUUAAAGAAACAAUCUAUGAUUCAAACAAAGACAGCAGCAAGGUGGUGACAGUUUUUGUUUGAGGUUUAGCUUUAAAUGUCAGGUGUGUCCGUGUGUGUGUGUGUUCUGAUUUUUGUGCUGUCUGAAAUAAAGGAGCGGGAGGUCAAAAGACACAAUACGCAGCCCCAGAUGUAGAAAAGCCUCAAGUCACACAUACUGCCACUGCCACCUUCAACAGGAAGUGAAGACUUCCUGCUUCAGUGUGAUAGCUCAUAGAAGCGCUCUGCGCUCACAGCUUCCCUAUAUCACACACAUACAUACACACACACAGCACACCAGCUCAGUGAGCAGGAGGUCUGGUAAGCAUCAAAAUGUCGAGUAACGGGGAGCCCACCAGCACAAGAAAUAAUCUCCUGCAAGCAACUGAACAGGUAGGACAGCUUUGGCUCUGUGUCAGCUAAUAUCAAGUUAUGAAUCCAAAGUGAUGAAGCUCUCUACUUUGAUAAAAUAUCUUCUUUUUGCCUGAAGAAAUUUUUCUUUCUUUUUUUUUUUUUCAAAUCCACACCGAAUUUAAAGCUUGACUCAGUGGAACUGAAAAAUCCCUCAACCUUUAAUAGCAGAGGAGACAUAACAGUGUAAAACCCCAAUUUGACACUGACUCACAAUGUCCCACUUGCUAUUUUAGAAUGCUGUGACGAUGAUUCACAGUCAUUUUAUAUGUAAACUUUGAUCAGAUGAUGCAAAAGGUCAGUUUUACAGCUUGUUUCUCUGAUUGUUGUUUUUGUUGAUUCUCUUGUACAGCAGGCCAUCACACAGUGCUAUUUUUAAAACUGAAAGAGAUGUCUGGGUGUGAUCAAGGUAGAGGGGUUUUGUGUAUAUUUCUAUAAGUCACUAAGAGUUUGAAGUUAAUUUCCUCAGUUCCAACAUUGAGUCAGUGGUUUUCUGUAACUUAUUUUCAUUAUCAGAAAUAGAGGAAGUCAGAGCAGCUCUUAUCAGAGAUCAAAACCCUCACUGUAUCUUGAGCUUCAAGAUGCCCUUUUUUCAGAUCAAGUAACUUUGAGAUGAAAAUUCAUCAGAGGAGCUGAUCACACAGGACAAAGUCAUCUUUAAAUAAGUGCUUCCUUUCGAUUGAAUCCUGGGCUAAACUUUAGCAAAAUCCCUGUUUAAACACAAGUACACCUUUCCCUCUGUUUUACAGGAACAUGGUUCAAGACAAAGACAGGUAAAGCUCUUGUUUCAGAUUUUUCUGUAUGUUAAUAAGGUUUGUACAAACAGAAACAAAGUCCUUUUGUAAGUUUUGAUCUUAAACUAAUAACAAUUCAUGGAUUUCAGACUUCCUUAUGGACAGACCUUAAGGGGGACAUUGUGUCAGUUGACAUGCCACAGGACAGUGUGCCAUCACUUCUGCUUUUUAUUCUGAAUACCUGUACAUUACAUAUCAAGUUUGCAGAUAAUUGUGCCUUAUUCAGUCCACUGGAGCAGGAUGAAGUCAUCAAUGUCCAGAGUUAAAGGACUUAGCCUUACAGCUGAAUCUGACAACGUCCAAAACUAAAGAUCUGAUUCUUGAUUCAGACAUGAAGCUCUGCCUCUUAUUCCAUCUUUGGUCAGAGGAGAGAGGAUUGAGUUGAUUCCACAGUGGAAAUGCUGACUCAUUCUGCACUUUCAGUUGAUCCAUCAAGACCCAAAGAGGUGGAGUUGAUGCAGACAUUUAGCAUCCCUGUUAACAAAAAUCAUUAUGAGUUUGUUAACAGCAAAACUCAUAACAUAAUAUAUAUGAAAUAAAUGCAUUAUACAAAGGAUUAAUGCAUGUACAGUGUGGACAGAGAACUAAGCAAUUCAGACAAAAACUAGUUUUUGAACCAGGCUGGGAACAUGUUUAUUUUUGCCGUAAAGAUAAGCUCUUUGAACGAGUGUGUAUGCAACUUCUGGUGCUUUUGCAAACAGCCUCAAGUGGACACUUGAGGAUUUUCCAUUGCUAGUAUUUUAGCACUGAGCUUUAAGUUUGGAAUGCUGUGGUUAGACGUGCAUCUUUUUUUCUUUCUGCCUUUGCAUUUGACAGGAUAAAAUGCUGAUAUGUUUUUAUUUAUUUGACAAAAGUAGCUGAGUGCACAUUAGCUCUAUAAAUUCACAGUCUAACAUAAUGUGACAUGUAAAAUGUUUGCAUGUAUUCUAGUUGUAUAGCCACCUUCAUUGCUGUUAUGAAGUGGUUUGGUUCAUGUUGUGUGGGCUCUGCUUGUUGUUUGGUUUUGAGUACUCCUUUUUAAUUUUGUGACAGGCUUAAUGUCAUUUUUUCUGUUCCACCAACCUGUUGGGAUUAACAGACAGAAAUUAGCGUGUGGCCACAAUCUGGCUCAUCUUCACUCCUGUGUUUAUUCAUGUGCGCUGUCCCCUAUAGUCACUAGCUAACUAACUAACUAACUAACUAACUAACUAACUAACUAACUAACUAACUAACUAACUAACUAACUAACUAACUAACUAACUAGAUAAAUAAAUAAAUACAUAAACAUCCAUUAAAAAACUACAUUAUGCUUCGAAAAUAUUCAUCUGUAAGUUCAGUAUUUAUCCUCACAGUGUCUGUUUUGUGUUAUCUUACUUGUACUCUCAUUUCUCUGCUGUUAGUUUUCUCCAGGUCAUGUUCGUAAGCUGGGGUUUACGAGAAAAUUACGAGAAAGGAGGGUAUGCACCACUCUGUUAACUUAGUUCUUAUUCUAUUUUCAGGUAACUUUGAUUAAUCUUAUUAAACUCAAAGAGUCAUGGAUAAACUGUGCUGCUUUUGAUCUCUAUCAGGAUUUUAAGGAUGAUGAAAACCCAGAAGAAAAGGCUCGAAAACACAAAGAGCAAGAGGUAUCAUUGUUUAUGUGUGGCCUUUUCAUAUUUAGAUUUUUCUGCCAUUUCUCUUUCUGAUAAACCUUUGACUGUUCAUUUCUGUGUAAAGCUGAAGCCUCUGUAUAAAGAGCUUUUAUACACCAUCGCUCAUAAAAUGGGUCACCCAUCAUCAACUGAAGUCUUCACAGAUAGCGAACUUCACCAGUACAUCAAGGAGGUAAACAUCUCACCUUCACACGUGGCUCAAUCACCAUCUCUUUAUUGUGUUUGUUUAUGACUAACCUUGGCGUCUCGCUUGGUCUCUGUCCCAUCUACCAGGCUUUUGCUAUGACAGAUUUAGAGCACAGCAGCCUGAGUGAGAAAGCACUACAGAACACAGAGGUGAGAAAAGGAAACCGUCCUAUUCAAACAGACCAGCCCGUACAGAACAUCUACAUCUGUUUACAGCUCUUGCUUACUGAGUUAUCGGCACAGUUAAGACUGUGCCGAUAACUCAGUAAGCAAGAGUUUCACUCUGACUAAACAGCUGUUGGACCAUUACAGCCCCCGGUGUACUGCCUGAUGGCCACUGUCAAAGAAGCAAAGGGAAUCCUGGGAAAAGAUGUUACUGGUGAGUUAAUUUUUUACCUCUUAAGACCAUGCAAUGAAACAUUUACAUACACCUCUUCAUCUCAUUCCACUUGCAGUCUUCUGUGGUACCCUGAUGAUGUGUUUCAGUGACUUUAAUGAAGCACAUAUAGCACAUAUAAUUUAGGUGGAGUUACAUGCCCUGACAGAUGCAGGAUUGGGUGGCCACUGGAGUCUGAACAGGAAAACAUGUUUGAGAAGGGAUUUUUGAGUUAGUGCAGCCCUCCAAGGAUGAACCUCCCCAGGCCACCACUGACCCACCUCCAAACUGCUAAUGCUGGAGUUUUUUUCAGGUAGCAGAACAUUCUCCAUGGCCUCUCCAGGGGUCUGUCUUUCACUGUGAAUCUGCUCUCAUCUGGGGAGAUAACAGGGCAUUCAUGGCAGAUCUGCCAAUUCUGGUGUUCUCUGGGAAACACCCAUCAACUAUACAGAGCAGGGCUGUGAGAACAGGCCCCAGUUGUGGAUGUGCCCUCAUGUGUCUGUUUCUGAUAGUUGCCUGAAGGUCACAAGAAGCAGAUAACAGUCCUGCUGCUAAGUUGUUGCUCUACUACGACCCCCUCCACCUCUCCUGGUGUACUGGUCUGUCUCCUGGUGUCUCCUCCAUGCUCUUAGUGAAGUUGCCAAGUUUUUGAAAUAGGUUGAUGUUUCACAGGACUAAAAUCCUAAGUGUCAUCACUGGACUAAACACAGAAAACAGCAUAAUCAAUAUUAAAUGAUUCAAACCAUGGUUUUUGGUUAAACAUGACAAAGACAAAGAUACAGUGAAUAAAAAUACAUUUUUUGAAACAUGUUACUUUCUUGUACAUCAACUUUUUAACCCUGUCCACAAAAUCUGUCACUUCCUUUUUCUUUUUUUUUUUUUUGUCCAGGUUUCAGCGACCCGUACUGUUUGCUGACGAUAAUGGAGGAUGAGGAGGAGAAACGAACACGCAAGUCCAGAGCCAAGCCCUGUAAAUCUGUCGUAAAGGACGCUGUAUCAGAUGACAAAAUCUACCAGACAGACGUAAAGAAGCAAACUCUGAACCCCAUCUGGAACCAGACCUUCAUACUGUGAGUUUAAAGAGUGUAUCCACCUCUAGACUAGGUGCAACAGGUCAAAAUCUGCCUCUUACAGAUUUUCCUUUUGGUUUAGAGAAUUUGAAGACAUCAUUGGCGCCAGUUUCCACCUCGAGAUGUGGUGAGAAAAAGUCAAGAGUUCCUCUUCACCUGCCUCUUUGGCUUCCUCUUUUUGAAUUCCACCUCAACAGCACCACUUCUGUUUCAGGGACAAAGAUGAGGAGGUUUCACUUUCUCAGAAACUAGAGGAGUUUAAGACCAGUUUCAACAGCCUGAGGAGGUACUAUCCUCUCUGUGAUUCAUGUAAAAACACUUUCUGAAGCAAAGACUGCAGCUUAACUCUCUGCUUUUAUCUGUUUAGGAUGAUCAAGGAGGCCAAGAAAGAGAAAGGCACAGAUGACUUUCUGGGACAUGUUGUUCUAAAACUACAGGUAGUCUAUGUUUAUUUUGGCACAGUUGUUAUCUCACUCUUUCUCCUCUAAGGAUAAUUUUUCCAUCCAAACUAGGAUCUCCACUGUACUGAAGACAACUGGUACAACCUGGAGCCCAGAACAGAGACCUAUCCUGACCGCGGGCAGUGCCACCUCAAUCUCAAGUUCAUACAUAAGUUGGUAGGAGGCACUUUUUCUAUCCUUCGUCAGUAUAACUUCUCUGUAAGAUACAAAGGGCACAUGAUGAUGUAAGUCAGAAUAAAUACACCCACAACUUUACUCUGCAUGUUCUCUCCUCAUUUACCUUCUCCUAUCUGCAUUAAACCUUAACAAAAGCGAAAAAAAUACUUGUUACAGCACAGCAAGUGAUAAAGUUCAGUUAAGCAAAGUCACCUCAAAUUAAGGGUCUGGGUACUUCAAGCCUUUAGCAGUGAGUAGAAACUAAAAGAAAUGGAGCUGACCCAAACUUUAAGCUGUUUGGACAAAAUAAUUAGCAUAAAAAGAAAUCAAGCCCACUCUGUUAGAUAAAUACUGUCAUCCAAUGAUAAAUGCUCAAAGACUCUCCCUCCCAUAUUAAAACCAAAUUGGUAACUGUGUAAAAUGUUGAUUCCAGAAAUAGAUUUUGUUUAUUUGCAAAUGACUCAAAUUUUAUAUUAGGUUGAAGAUAGUGCACAGAGAACCUAACUUUUAUUCUCAUAUAAAAAAUAUCCACCUAUUAUAAAAUAUGACAAAAUGCCCAUUGGUGGAGAAUGCUUAAGAAAAUAUCUCCACUUCCACUCAGCCUAUUUCAGAUAGCCUGAGGGGAAGUAAAAAACUGUGCUGCGGUCUGACACAUCAAAAUUUGACAUUCUUUUUGGAAAUCAUGAAUGCUGCAUCCUCUGCUCUAAAGAUUAGAGGAACCAUCCGGCUUGUUAUAGUAUCAGAACAGCAUGGCUCUGUAGUAGAAGAGUCCUGCUGAUAGACUGGCCUGAUGCAGUCCUUAUCCCCCGUUGUAAACAUUUGGAACAACAUGAGAAAGACAUUUAACAAAGGGGACCUCAGACUAUAAAGUCCCUAUAAACUUGCAGUAUAUCAGAUGAGAACAGAGCUACAUUGUACUCUCUUUGGCUCCCAAACCUUUGGUAUUAAAAGAAGAGACAAAUUUUUGUUUUGUAUUUGUGGUUUUUCAGAGAGACGGGACGCUGAGUGCUGGUCGUAGUGCUUACAUCAACUACUCUGGGAUCCUGCAGCAGUUUGUUCAGGCUUAUAUCUCCAAGCAGCAGGUAAAGGCUUUGAGAGUCAUUCUUAAAUGAUCAUGGUUGAUGUUUCUUUCUUUGCUCAUAAUAAUAAGCUCAUGUCAUGUUACCUCUCUCAGAGCUCUGCUCCUUGGAAAGGGGCUCUGUGUGGUGAGGCUCAGACUAUGCUGGAGCUCUAUGCUACACAGAAUGACCUCUCACCUUUCCUUCAGGACCUUGCGUAAGCACCAUGUCAACAUUGACUAUUUGAGACUGUUUCAUCAUGUUAAUGGUCGCACCAGUGUGAUGUAAAAGCUUGUUGGACAAAUCAUACCAGCGAAGUAUGUUUAAAUUUUAUAUUUUUCUUUCACUUUUGUCUGUGUUCGUCUGACUGACAGGAAGUGGGUGGCUUACAGUAAGCUGUACCAGAGUCUAGAGGUAGAUUCAUCUGUAUUGUUACAGCAGCUGACCAGCAUAGAGUACCACUGGCAUCAACAGGAGCUGCCCCACCAACAGGUACAGAAGGAACUUUUGCUUUCAUUUUGUCUUGCUUUGUGAUUCUAACACAUGCAUACAUGGAGCUGAUUUCAUUUCAUCAACUCACCUAUUCAGAUGUCAAUCUUAGAACAAGUCAUCUAUAAUCCCCAUGAGACCCAGUGAUGCAUUUUCAGCUUUGUCAAAAAAAAACACUGAAGUUUAUGCAGCUGAAAAUGCAGAUCCUCCAAAAUCUGUUUUCUUAAAUUUAGCUGAACAGUCCCAUCUUUCAGACAUGCCAGUCUCCCUGGCAUUAUUUCCCCACAGUGACUCAAACCGUUUUAGCGGUGGUGAUGCCUUAUCAUAUUUAUUAAGUUAUUCCAGUCGAGUUGUGACGGGUCCAUUGGGAGCAGGUCUAGUUCAACAGUUUGACUGCAGCAGGAAGGAAGGACUUGCUGUAUCUCUCUGUCACACAGUGCGGGUGAAGAAGUCUGUCACUGAAGGAGCUGUUGCAGUGCUGUUACAGUGCUCUGCAGGUAGUGGGAAACGUCCAAGAGAGAUCACAGUUUAGCAACCAUCCUCCUGUCCCCCACCACCAGAGGGCAGCUCAUGAGGAACUAGCCCUGUCCCUGGUCUUUUUCUUUCUCAAACAGGACACAGUUGUCCUGUAUAUAGUAACAGGACCAUGAAGAGAUGGAUAACCAAUCAGAAGAGUUUUUAAACUAAUUCUGAGGUGAAUGACGAGCUAAUGCAUGAAAGAAGGGAUAGGGGUGAAAGACUUUCUUCUCUGUCAACAGAAACAGGAACUUGGGGACUCUCUUCAUGGUUUCCUGCAUUAUGGACUGUGUCUGGUGGCCAAAUACAGAGACAUCUUCCCUCCGACUUCUAGUGCAACUCCCAAACUUCACACACUGCUCAGGUACACAAACAAACGCGUCAAUUCAGCUGCUGUUAUCACUGUCCUAAUUUAAUGUUUCAUAUUAACAUAACUGUCAUUCUCAGGAUCCUGGUCCAGAUCUGUAAAACUCGGGCUUUUCAAAAACUGAACCCAGCCCAGUUUGACUUACAUGAUGAAGUCUGCGAUGCCAUACAGGUCAGGGGUCGAACUUAUCAUCACCACCAUAAUGUAUACAUGAUUUCUCAUAAAAUGUGCUUGAUAACAGACAGGAACACAGGAGUGGUUCAACAUCAAGAAGGGUUUGCAUCAGCCUAUGACUAAGGUAAAAACCAGAACAUCAUCAUGGUCUCUGUGCUGUGUUUGGAAUUAUCUGAUCAUCAGCCAGAGUCAAUGUUAUGUAACUGUAUGUUCUUGAGAGGUUGAUAUUUUGACGUGUUAUUGGGAAUCAAUCCUGGUAUUUGAAUCAUGUAGCUCCGCACAUGUGUUGGCAUAUGCUCAGUCAGAAAGUCACCUCUGGUAUCUCAGUAGUUAUCAAGUGAUCUUGUAUACAGUAUGAUCUACCAUUUGUUCUUCUGCUGUUUUCACAAACUUUCAUAGUUGGUAAACUUAAUUUGAUAUUAUAGAUUGUAAAGUUUACUGUCAUCUAAAUCAUGUAGCUCUGCACAAGUGGACUCAGACCUCUGUUGGCACAUGCACAGUCAGAACCUCUGUUUACCUCUGCUUUAUUCUUGAACAGGAAAAGCCUUAAAAUACAUAAAAAAGAGCAACUUUCGCUGGUGAGAUCAAUUAAUUGCAGUCAUGGAGAUACAACCGGUCUGCAGCCAGGUUCUUCUCUAUAGAAUGGAUCUAUAAGUUUCAGUCCUGGUUGAAGCUGAAGGAUUUAGAGCUCCUCUUGCUGACUGGCUGCAGUAUAACCCCAUCCCUAUAGACCUAAGAUGCUACCAGUCAUGCUGUGUUUUCACAAGUGUAAAUGCCGGUGCCAGUGUUGGCAGUCUGUUGGCCUUAAAGCUCUCAAUGGAGUGACAUUGUCUGUUGAUCAUACAUGCUUGAACUGUAAAAGAUUUGAGAUAUGUGUAUUUACCUUUUGCUGCUUUUGUGCAUAUUUAUCUAUAACCAGAACAGUUUGAAUUUUGACAGAAAGGUUCCCAUUUUUAAUGUAAAUUCAUAUCCAUUCCAAGCAAUGAUUAUUUGUCUCAAGGCACACCAUUGAUUGAUAGUGGCCCUGAAAAACAAAUAUUGGUCAAACCUUAAUCUUCAUUAUUUCAUAAUAAUGUCUAUUUUUUUUCAUACUGACUCACAGGACCUUUCAGAGAUUGUUGGCGCCCUCUCCAGGUUGAUUGGGGAGGUGCAGGAAGAUAUCAAACACAAUAAGGACGUGUGGAACAGAGUGUUUGUGAGGUCUGAGUGUUGAUCAUUGUCCAAGAACAGAAAAGGGCUUGAGCUCAGUGUAAUAAAUAACCCUAUAGGGCUAGAAAGUUACUGAUUCUUUUUACUUAUGCUAUUGUAAUUAAGAAGCCCCUCCAGUACUUAAACUGGUCCAAGUGGUUCUUAAAAUCUGUUAUUUAUAUUAAGAUAUUUGCUGUUAAAAGUAUCAGACUUCAUAAUAUUCUACACAUCUGUAACCAGGUUAAGACUUUUGAAGAGGAUUAGAGUCACUGGGGGGAAAAAAGCUCCAAUGUAUUUUAUAUAAUGAUUAAAAAGUAUUUACUGGACCUUUUUCUUUUUUCUUCCAGUGGCCCUAAUCCUCUCCGUCAAGACUAGAUAGCUUACCUACAAAACAAAAAAGCUAAACUAAACAGGUAUACGCUUCAUUAACUGUGUGAGAGUCAGCUGAUUGGCUGAUGUCUAAUCAAGGCUGCAGUAGAUUCAGGUUUGUGUCUGAGCCAUUUUUGUCAGGACCUGAUUUUUCUCAAGCUUUUCUGUAUUUUUCCCGUCAUUGCAGUGCGGUUCAAGUGGACGUGUUCACUGUAGUCUACAAGAAGUUUGACAGUUUGGUAAGUUGCUGUCAUACUAUUAACAUUUCAGCCUUUUGUUUUCCUGUCUGCCUUAUCUCUCCUUUUCUCCCUUGUCUCUCCUCCACAGCUUGCCAAUGAGGUGAUAGAAACCAUGUCCCUGAUGGAGGGUCAGAUGGAGCAGACUCUCGCCAACAGUCUUUUCCCUGUUUACCUGAGCCUGCAGGCCAUCCACAAAGACAAGGCCUUCUUACAGAAAAGGUGAGAAAUCAUACAGUGGUGACAUCGGUUUCACUCUAAAACAGUGUAGGAUGUCUUUGAAGGAUGUCUGCAGAUCUUUACUCCUAUACUUGUUCAGGAGAGCACCCACCAUUAACAAAGAUCCUGUAUAUGAAUAUAACUAAAAGGUAGACCACUAGCUUAUUAACAGCUGGCAUGCAAAGAUGUGGUUAAUUCCAAUAAAUAGACUGUAAUACAGCUUCACAUGACCUACAUAUUGUUAAGCAGAGAUGCACAACAUCCUUUAACCAAGUGAAAUAAUGAAUAUGACUGUGAAGCUCGUUGUAAAAGAGCACCUGUCUUUGUCCUGUCCACUUGGAGGGCAUCUAUGAGGGUUCUUCUUUUAUUUUAUUCCCUGGAAAAGCCUCCAGAGUGCAGAAUUUUCAAUGGAAAAGUAUUCAAAUGGCACUUUGUAUACAUCAAUUCAACAGGAAAAAGCUUCCAGAGGGCACUUAGUUUACAUUUAAUCAACCACAAGAGUAACCAGAGGGCAUUUUUCAGACACAUGGGUCUCUUGUGCAGCAAACACACCACCCGUACUGUAAACAAACAUAUAAAGGCUGACAGUUCUUGAAUACAAACAGGACUGAUGUUGGUGAAAACCUCUGCCUCAGUUAUAUGAUAGUGGUCAAAUAUCAUACUGUUAUAAGCCUUCUCUGAUGUGUUUAUUUCAGGGACCAUACAAUCUAAAUGAGGCUGUUUUUUAACAGGGAACCUCAUAAUUUCAGGACUUUGUGUUGUGAUUUUAGGGGAUUAUUGGAGCUGACAAACUUUCAGGAGGGCUUCAGGGAGGCUCUGCCUUACUGGCUGAACCAGGCGUUCAGCACGACUCAGGAUAGGGUGGAGAGAGCAGUUCAGGUAGACCAGGUAACACUCUGCUUUGAUGCUUUAUUGUAAUCAUGAACAUCAAGUUUAAUUGGCAGGAAGUGUUAUCAUUGUAUGUUUUAACUCUCCUCUCAGCUGCAGCCCUUGCAGUCAGGAGCUGUACCCAUCAAACACAGCUCCUCAGCAGUAGACCUGGUGGCGUGUGUCCAGCCUAUCUGCCAUCUUUGGGAGCAGUUGUCCUGGCCAGACCCUGAGGAGGCCUUCAUGCUCAUGGUCAAACUCACUGAGGUCAGUCAGAUGAUCUACAGGUUUUAUCGUUCUCAGGAGGUGGAGAUGCUGGUCAUUGGCUGUACUCUAUCCUAACUUUGCUUCCCGUGUGUGUCAGGAUGUGUGUAAGAUCGUGGUGAACUACUGUCACAUCCUGAAGGAGCGGGUGAGGACGCUGUCAGAGAACUCUGACCACGGCAGUGCCAUCAACAUGGUGAGACAUGGCAGACAGGAGAAAUUACCACAGAGAAAUACUCCUGAAGCUUUAUAAAGCAUUGAUGUUAUCCCUCUGCUGUAGUUGUGCGUGGUGGUUAAUGAUUUGGAGCACCUACGGUCAGUGCUGACCCAACUGCCUACACAGCUGAACUGGGCAGGACUUCGAGAUCGAACCCAAAACGUCAUAGGAGAGAACCAGUUUCACAACACUCUGCCCUCACAGCUUCAGCAGGCCCAGAGCGUCCUCGGCAGAGAGAUCCGCUCUGCUUUAGACACUCUGGGGAAAAGGGUUUGACGUUUAUUCUCUCAAGAACUCAAUCAUCAUUAGAUCUGAUAAAUCACCGAUGCAUCCUCACAAUGACCUCUCUAUUUGCUCUAUGUCUGACUCUUCAGUUAAACACAGACAUUGAAACUCAUGUCAAAAGCAUGGCAACCAGGCGAAGGAUUCCCUCCAAGUCCACAGAGGAUGUAGGUGACCAUCACUGCUGAAUAAACACAAACACAGAUGCUCAAUGGACUAACUUGAUUUCCUGUUUCUUCUCUAUAUCAGGCAGCAGCACCUCUGAUGCGUUACCUGGAGCAAGAGCUGAAGUACAUGAAUGAAAACCUGGUUCAAGAAAACUUUAACAGGUAAGAGGCAUAAUUAUGAAAUUCUUAUGUUGGUUUUCAUCGUCAAGUCUGGUAGUUGCACAUCAUAUCUAAUGUCUUUUUUAUUUUUCUGUCCAGUCUCCUGACUCCUUUGUGGAAUAACUCAGUGAAGAUCCUCUACCAGGUGGCUACAAAGCAUCCUCAACAGGAUGGGCUCAUGGUGUACUGCCAGAGGCUGCUGUAUACACUGCAGGUCAGCACUCAUCUGUUCAUUUUUCUUGAGGGUCAUAAUAUAGACAAGUAUUUCUAAGGAGCUGACAAUUACACUUUAGAUAAUCACAAACCCAAUUCCAAGAUCAACAGGGCAAAUGUUUAAAUACUUAAACUUAAGGCACAAAUACAUACUUAAGUAUAUCUUGAUCAAAAGUUUAUGUAUAAGUAUAGGUUGAAUAUAUUUAGACGUCGUUUACUAUAAUUCUUAGUACAAGCCAAAUAUACUUAUUAACUUUUUCAAGUAUAACUCUGAAAAGUACAUAAAAGUAAACUGGAAGCAUACUUAGUUUAAAAACAGUAUACUAGAGGUACACUUCAACAUACUUCUUUUUGGUAAGGGUAAAGACCCAAGCAGUGAGAAGAACCUAAACUGGUUCUGUCUGAAGUUUAAAUAAAUCCAUCAAACAGCACCUGCAAAGAUCCCAUGCUGUAUCUCUUCUGUUAAACCCUGUCUAGCUUGUAGCUUUUAUAGCUGUAUGAUGUUUCUCUUUGUUUCCUGUUUUGUUUGUGUCUGUCAGUGUCUGGAGCAGUGCUUUCAUGCAGAGGGGAAUGGACUUUCUCUGAAAACACUCCACUCUGAAGAAUACAAGGUGAGUGACCACAGACCACAACAGCAGACGUUAUUUCAAUGUAUUUUUAACAUUUCCUUUAGAAUUUAGAAGGUAACACUUUCACUUUAUUGCACAUCUGUCUCUUGUUUCCAGACUCUGAAAGGUCACCUGACCCACAACGCUCUGAGCAGUCGGCAGCUUAUGGAGAAGUUCUUUGAGAGGAAAAUAACAGAACAGGUGAGACAGCCUCCAAGAGAAACCUUCACAUGAGUUACAUCCAUAAACACACCUCUUAAAUUCGAUCUUGUUUUUCCAUGACAGAAAGUGUACAGUGGAGAAAAAUACGGAGCAGUCACUCUGCUCACGUCCUACAGGAGGUCAGACCAAAGACUUAGAGUGGAGGUGUUGAAUGCAGUCAACCUCUUACCGAUGGACUCUAAUGGUAAGACGAUGCAGAACCCCACGCAGGAAACAUAUACUUUGGUAAAAGCAGUGGGACCACUCCUGGCGUGACGUUUUGAUCCUUCUUCCAGGUUUGAGUGAUCCCUUUGUGCAGCUCUGUCUUGAGCCGAACCACAUUUUUCCAGAGGUGGAGCCUCGCAGCACUCAGAUCAAAAGCUGUGAUCUCAACCCACUGUUUGAUGAGGCCUUUGAGUUGUAAGCUGUUGAUUUUUUCAUUUCCUUAUUCAUGUCCCAGUUUUCACCCUCACAUGUAAACUACCUCAAUGACCCAAAUGUAGGACAGAUUUUUAGAGAAGACUGAAUCUUGAAUUUAUACAGAAAGCUAUUAAAUUGGACACACUUAAAAAGGAAAUAAGAUUAUCGCAACAUCUUACCAAAAAGAGUGCUUUCAACAAAAAUGACAUUUUCACAGUUAAAUAAAAAAAAAGAUGGUGUAACUGGAGCACCUAUUUCUUUAUACUUCAGUGCUGUGAGUGGACUGAGGUCAGCUGAUUUAGUCAUCAGGCAAUAACAAAGAUCGUUGUUGAGCACAGUCAGCUGACCGGAAUAACGCUAUCUCACUAAAGUUUAUACAUGGGGGCGCAUGCAAACACUGACCAGCUGCCAAAGUAUGACUGCCCCCUCUUCCUGGUUCCCCCUCUGGCCUGCACUCACACUGAGAAAAGGCGUUAAUUUACAGUGCUUCUUUGAUGUUUGCAUUCAUUUUUUUUAAAGUCUGUGCAGUUGGCAGAGUUCUCCUGUGAAUUAAUGUGGUGUAAAUCUGGAAAAUGUGGUACUUAUCACGCCUCUCUAGAGCACUGAUCCACUUGUGCAUGUUCUUCUCUGUUUAACCUUCUUCUUUGGCAGUACUGGAGUCACCUUUUUACCAUCUGUCCUCUCAUGUCUUUAAAGUAAGAGAAAAGAUUUUUUUCUGAUGCUUUUGUGGAGCAAACCUAAAAGCCUGGCAGCAUUCAGUUUGGACUGUUUUCUCUAUACUGCUGUGUUGAUGUAAUUGAGUGGCAUUUAGGCGAAAGUAAAAAAAAAACAGGUGUGUCACUGCUCUGUGCUUGUAUGCAUGCAUAAGUAACCAAACCUAGUGAAGUCCACACUUCAAACAGUACCUGGAGCACUCACACUGGCCAAACAACCUGGACUAUGGGGUCAUUAGAGGUAAAAUAUGUCGGAGUACAUUACGGUAGUAUGGUAGGGGUGUAAGUAUGCCCUAAUCAUUACCAGUUAUCUUUGAUUUUGAGAGACUGGACCCAGACAGUCUUUGAUCCUCUCUGUGGGAAAGAAAAGAGUUUUCCUUGGAAAGCUUCUGCUGGUCUCACAAAGGAAGUGGACUUUAUAGGGAUAUUGUUAUAUCAUACCAAUCUAAUUUCACAGGUAAGAUAGUAGACACCAUGAUAAGAUCUUUAUAUGACGGUGUAAACCCCAGUAGUUACUCAACCCUAACAUAAGUUGAUCCCACCUUUUAGAUCUGACGUGCUGAUCUCUGUCUUCUUUACCACAGUUUAGUGUCUCUGGAGCAAUGCCAGACUUCAGGGGCCUGUCUGAUGGUGACAGUCCUGGAUCACGAUACGUUGAGUUCUGAUGACUUUGAGGGUGAGGCCUUCCUGGCUCUUAAAGGAAUUCCAGGAGUGGCUGGACGAAAAGAUGAUGAUGAACUCAACUCAAAGCCAGACGCUGUCCCUGCUCAGAUCCGACUGCACCUGAUGCAUCCUAAACCAAAUGGUGAGAUCAGUAGGGAAGUUUAUAUAGAAAGGGACAGAGUUUGAAUGGCAGCCUCCAAUUCUAACUAAAUUGGGAUUCUGUUAAAUAGGAUUAGAUGGUUCACAAAUUAUUGACUAAAUAUAAUUCCUGUUAUAUUUGAUUUAGCCCCCAAACAACAUAUCAAUUGUUAAACUUUUUAAAAAAACUCAUUUUGAAUUUGACACAAGCGACUAUUUUUUGUUGUCAUGAUGCUUCAAAUGUUUUCAAUGAGGGACAAGUCAGGACUGCAUCAGGCCAGUUUCUCAGCAGGACUCUUCUACUACAGAGCCAUGCUGUUGUAAUCCCCGUUAUCAGAAUGUGGUUUGUCAUUGUAUUACUGAAAUAUGAAGGUCUUCACUAAAAAAGUCUUUGUCUAGAUGGCAGCAGAUGUUGCUCCUAAACCUGUAGAUAUUGUUUAGCAUGAAUGGAGCCUUCACAGAUGUGGAAGAUACCCAUGACAUGGACUCUGAUGAUCCCCGUACCAUUAGGGAUGCUGGCUUUGGACUGAGAGCUGGGGUGGUCCCUCCCCUCUUUGGAGUGUCGGACAUGACAUCAAUGAUUUUGGAAAAAAAAAAAAAGUCAAAUAUGGAUUUUGUUUAAACCACAAAACAGCUUUUCACUUCACUAAUUUCCAUCUCCAAACAACUCAUUUCCAGAGAAGAGUUUGUAGUUUCCAGCUCUUGUUUCCUCUUUGAUUUUUUCAGUUUUAACCUCAUUUGUGGAUGUAGCAACAGACUUUGUUCACCACUAUUGUUUUUUAAAGUGAUUCUGAGCCCACUGUUUUUAAUACAGUGCUCUCUGAGGGCCUGAGGAUCAGGACCAUCCAGUCUUGGUUUUGGACCUUGUCCCUUUAGUACAGAGAUUUCUCCAGAUUCCCUGAAUCUUUGAAUGAUAUUAUGUUCUGUAGAUGAUGAGAUCCACUCAUUCUUUCACACUCAGGAACAUUAUUUUGAAACUGUUGAACUGUUAAAAAUUAAACUCAAAUGUGACAUUUGAUAUGUUGCCUUUAUACAGUGCUAAUCAUUUAAAAAAAAAGGCUUGUUUGAGCCUGCUGAGGGGUUUUUGAAUAAUAACAAGCCAGCCCCUAAAUCUCCCUUUCCUUCCACUGCAAUCUUUACAUAAAUGUCCUUCGUUCGAUACUAUCUGUGAUCUCCAUAUGAGCUAAUUCUUGUGUACUGAAGAUUUAAUAAGAAACAAACCUAGAUAUGCAGAAUAUAAGGCCAAAACAAUUACAGGGAUUUCUAAAAUGACUAUAGUGUCAUUCAGACAACUUUAUAGACUCCAGCUUCCAAUCUGCCUACCCUGUAUGUUUUGAAUUUGUCUCUUUCUGCACAUUUUCAGAGGACAACAUCCUGAGGUUACUGGAGUCAAGGAAAGGAGAGCGAGAGACCCAGGCAUUUGUGAAGAAGAGGAGAUUGAGAGAGAAACAGUCACAGGAGGGGAUUUAAGACACACACAAACACACGGACAACCUCUUCCUCCAAAAAUAUACAAUUUGUUUUAAUGAUCUGUACCAAAAACAAAGAAAAGUCCACUCAGAAAGAAACACUGUGAUUUGCGUGUGGACAGACUGCUGGACACUGGUUGACCAAAGACCAUCACAGUGAUCAUGAACACUUUCAUGUCUGCCUUUAAACCUCACACAGCUUCACACAUCCGUCCGCUUCCUAAUGUUCUGUCUAAUCAGUGCAAGAGAUAAGUACGAUACCACUUUACUAUGUCCUGGCACACUGAAAUGUCAAAGUUUACUACAACUGUAAAAAUAUGGCAGAGAAACAUGUCACAUGUUGAUUUGAGAUACAACAAAAUGGGUUGAUUUCAACAAAAAUAUAUAUGUUUGAUGUAUGUUUGAGUUAACAUGAAAAGUGUUUAAGUAAAAAAUAAAAAAAUGUUAUUUCAAAGUCUACACAAGUUGACUGAGUACAUUUGCUUUGAUUGUGUUAACAUGCUUUCCUCUUCCAGUUCAUGUAAAAGAAUAUAAGAGAAAACCUGAGAGCUUUAACAGAGGCCAUCUGUUGUAACUUUAAAGAAUAUCACUAAAGUCUUAAAUAAUUCUGUUUUUAUUCAACAGGAAUUGGAGUUUCACUAAAAAAACUCAAUAUAAUCUAGACAAGUGCUACCAGCAGACUGGUAUGAAGGCUCCCUUUGGGCUGUAGCAGUGUAGGAUUAUUGUCUUGAUUAAACCGGAUGUGCCCUUUGCCAGUUUUCAGUCAGACCUGUUUAUGCUGGGACAACUCAUCAACCUCAGAAACUAAACUCUGCUAACCUGCUGUGUCAUCUAUCCAUCUGGGAAGGUUACAGACCUUCAAAUUAGACACUGAAAACUUCAGUUUUACAUUAACGUCUGUGUGGUCAUGAAGUGAAUGCACUGAAUGCAGCACAAGCGGUGGUUGAUGUACAAACUUAAACAGAUGGAAAUCUAAUUUUCACCCAUUACAAUAAGAUGAAGUCUUAAAUGUAGUACAACAGGAGCUUGAUUUAUCGUGCAUCUUGACCUCACUUUUUCACAUUUAAAUGAACCUUUUAGAGCUUUCAGUUGCUAAACAUAGGCCUCCUGCAUCUUGUGACAUGUUACCCAUGAUUGUUUUGUGCUCAAUCCUAAAAAGUUUUCACCUCUUCUAAUCCAAAACUGUCAAAUACUGAAAAUUACGGCACUAUUUUCAUGCCAUGCCACCGGUGCGGCACAAGUCAGGUCUGCAGCGCUGAUGGGGCGUGCCCAAGCACACUUUGAUAAUUAGGUGAGUGGCGCAGCCAAGCACAAGUACACCACCCCCCUAACUCUGCUCCUUCCAGCGGCGCAAGUAGGAAAGAGGGAGGUGAGGAGGCGUAGAGUGGGUUUAACGCUGCAGAGUAGGUUUAACGCCGCAAGUCCUGUUUUCACCAAUCAUACAAGCUGUUCUCCUCACCUUUAAAUGCGCCAUCAGCGAGGCGAAUCGCAAAAUGCUUGGGGUGUGCCGCGCAGCUAGCGGACACAAAAUAGAGUCACAGUAGGCUAUUUCACAGUUUUAAGGGGAUCUACAAGGAUCUGGUUUAGCUCGUUUUUCCAUGCGGACUUCUGGUGGCUACAGUAUAGGUCACAAAUCCUGUCUCCACCAGCAAACUUAAUGGAGCUGUAGACAAACUUUAGAAAUUAAUUACACAGAAUAUAAAUGUUUCUCCCCUCUGGUUGUGAUGUUGACAUGUAGUUAUUGUAAGACUGGUUUGUGUUCAAGUCCUCUUUUUUUUUGUGCAGCUCCAUUUUUAUUAGGGGGGUUCAUUAAGGAUUAGGUUUAUUAGGGGGUUCAUGUUUUCUAUGAUUGACACUUGGUGUCCUCUGCUUUUGCUUACCUUGUCUUCUACAUUUUUAAGUCUUGUCUUCUGCCAAAAAACCUCACUCUGCUGACUUUUAACAGUCACAGUUAUUAUUAGUUGUAAACAUUUUAUGUGUGAAUUGUAACAACACAUAAAUUGAACGGAUUUAUGGCAUAAAAAACUAGGAUAUAAAAAUCGCAAAUCAUCUUGCUGAUGGUCUUGACUGCUUUUGGAUAUCAUGGAAAGGCAUCUAAAUGAAUUCCAGUCUAUUUUAUAAACUUUAAAGAACUCCUCUCGGUAGCUUCAACAUAUAUUUUUACACUACAGGUUAUUUAUACUUAAAUAAAAUGUCAUAUUAUGACACAACAUUGCAGCUUAAUUACCAGAUAUAUUUUCUUGGUGCACUGAACAGCUUGUUUCAGCACAUCUAAAGCCUGCUUUCAGGUUGUACUGGACAAUACUAAAGGAUCACUUAACCUAGCAGCCCUCUCAAAGAUUCCCCACAAAGAGGCGAGGAAGUCUGUUUCACUGCCUGAUUUUUCCUCCAUUCUGCACGUUGCUUAUUUGGUCUGUUGUUGACUUUGACAGUGUUUCUUUAAGAAAGUCUCAGUAACUUCUCUACCAAGAGACACAGGCACAAGAAUGUGAGGUUGCAUGUUUUCGAAACAACGGCCACAAUCUAGCUGUUAAUCCACUUCACUGAUGACUACUUUGUAAACAAAGUAUGAGCUGGAUUUGAUUCUCACUUGAAACCUGUGGCUGUCCACCUACUAAGACCCUAAAGAGGAAUCAAAGCCAUAAGCUAAGGGGAAGAGAACAGAAGCUAAUCUGACAACAGCUACUGUUUGCAAACAUGGCAUACAGUGCAUUCAGUUCACUUUGGAUGUCAGGGCUGGAAAUGCACCCGAGCUGAUUCUGUUCCAGUUACAGGCUGGAAACAAAGUCAGAAAGUUGCCUUUGUUUGUAUAAUUGUUAGCAAAACCUGACAACCAUGACAGACUGUGUGAUAGUUUGUGCACAAGCGAAACAUUACCGCAGAUAAAACGUGCACUAUGGUAUCUGUUUAACUGAUUAAACUACACAAAUAAUAAACACCAUCAUUUGGAGGCCCCAUUUCCCUUCUCUGUUUGCUGACCCAUCCUCCUAAAAAAAAGGGCAAAAAGCCCAAAAAUAAACCUUAGAAUAAAUGAAUAAAUAAAGCUAUCUAAUUGUUGAUGCAGGGGGGCAACUAUCUUCAAUUUCCAGCUUAGAGUACCUGAAGUUGCACCAAGUUUCAGUGUAGGAUUUUUGAUAUGAGGGGGUGUUCUUGAUGGCGUUUCUGACUAGCAUAUUGAAAUUUCUACCUGUAAUGAUCAAAUGGAUUGCACCAUAAAUAAAGAUCAAAAAGGUGCCAGAUGCUAGCCUUGGAGUUUUUUUGUAUCUGGUGCCACUUUCAGGUCCUUUUGUGAUGACAAAGUUGUGUAAAAAGUGACACUCACAAGCUGUGUUAAAAUGUAUAUUAGUGGAAAAGCAGCUAUAAUUAACCAUUUCAGGCAGAGGCUGAAUUGUAAAAGUCUCCUCUUUUGGCGUCCGGGAUAUAGGCUGAGAUUUGUGUCUCUAGAAACUGAAAUUGAAUAAUUACACUGAAUUGAAAAAGCAAGCUUUGAAAUUUAAAUUAGUGAUUUGACACUGAAUUUAUUUGCUUUGGAUUUGUAUUUAACCUAUGAGAAAGUUUGACCCUCAUUUUUGUUCUACUCAAAAAUAAGAAAUUCAAUUUCAGUUCGCAAAAUUCAGAUUCAGUUUUAUGAUUUCAUUUUAGUUCAGUGUGGCACAGCCAUUACAUCAUCUACAUCUGUGAGGAAGAGUAAUCGAGCACAGAUUCACAGAGCUCCUUUACCUGUCUGCCAAUACUCCUUUAUGGUCUGUGGCUUCACAAUGGUUAUGUGUUCUGGUGCCUUCUAAAAGUGAGCACAGAGUCUGCAUUUUCCUUGGCCAUUGUAUGUUAAUCGUGAAUAUUAAAGUCAUUGAGAAUGAAAACAAAGUGGGAAAAUCAUUAAACAGGACAAUGUUAUCAUUCUGCCCCCCUCCUCUAUCAAGGGGUAAAAGGACGAUAUAAAGAAAUGGCCUUUGUUAGCUGUGUUACUGUAGGCAGAGGGGCUGAGGCUUGUCUGUAUUCACAGUAUAUAACUACUAGAUCUGUCGCAUUUUGUUAAAAGAGGUUGGACACAAACUAAGUCAGAGCCUCAGCCAUGCAGCUGCAAUACUAUGGAUGGUGUGUCAGUAUUUUGGCAUAUUUUCCUCACUUCUUAAUUAACACAAUUUUUAAAUAAAUAAACAAAUUUUUUAUCACUAACUGUUUUUUUUUUUUUAAAUUACAGGCAAUUUUCUAAUGUAGGCAUAUUUCUAAUGUGUUUCCUCAUGAACCCUUGUGAUAGUGUUCCCUCAGUUCUUGUAUUUUAAAUUUCUUGUAUAAUACUUAUUAUAAUAAUAAUAAUUAUUAUUAUUAGUAUUACUUUUUUACAGCUCUUACUUACGAGUUUUGGCAGAUGCGAAUAGGAGCUGUGUGAAUUUGUGCUUGAUCACUCUUCUUCACAGACUUAAAUGCUGUAAUGGCUGUAUCAUACUGAACUGAAUCUGAAUUGCAAAACUGAAUCUGAAUUGUACAAACUGAAACUGAAUUUCUUAUUUCUGAAUAUAAGGAAAAUAGAGAAUUGAAUUUUCAUGUAGCCUAAAUAAAUUCAGUUUUAAAAUGUUAAUUUCAAUUUAAAAUUCAAAUCCUGCUUUUCAAAUUCAACAUGACUAUUCUAUUUCAGUGUUAGAGGCACGAAUCUCAGCCCAUA